UUUGGGCGUAACCGCUCGCCGUAGGCGAAGUGCCGCCACCGCCUGGCGCUUCCCAGCAAGGAAGCAGCGGCAAGCGGCGGCCCUCUCCUUGCUCGCUGCGGCGCCCGGGGAAAGCGGAGGAAUGGCGGCUGCCUCCGGCACGGCGCGGAGCCGCUUCGUGGUGGUGGGCGGAGGCAUCGCGGGAGUCACCUGCGCCGAGAAGCUGGCCGUGGAAUUCCCAUCAGAAGACAUUUUUUUAGUGACAGCUUCUCCAGUUAUAAAAGCUAUAACAAAUUUCAAACAGGUCUCCAAAACACUUGAGGAAUUUGAUGUAGAAGAGCAACCAAGUUCCUUAUUAGAAAGACGAUAUACCAAUAUUAAAGUUAUACAGUCUGGAGUAAAACAAUUGAAAAGUGAUGAGCAUAAAAUUUUCACUGAAGAUGGGAAAGAGUAUACGUAUGAAAAACUUUGCCUGUGUGCUGGAGCAAUACCAAAAUUAAUUUUUGAAGGAAACCCAUAUGUAUUAGGAAUCCGGGAUACUGACAGUGCACAGGCUUUUCAGAAGCAUUUGGCCCAAGCUGAGAGAAUAGUAGUGGUAGGAAAUGGUGGAAUUGCACUUGAAUUAGUGUAUGAAAUUGAAGGCUGUGAAGUAAUCUGGGCUAUCAAAGACGAAGCCAUUGGGAACACCUUUUUUGAUGCAGGAGCAGCUCAAUUUCUUAUUCCAAAGCUAACUGCUGAAAAACGAGAGACUCCAAUUGAAUGUAAAAGAACCAAGUAUACAAUGGAAGGAAGUGAGAAAAAAGAAAGACCUGUAGCAGCAUCUGACAAAAUGGGCAGUGCCUUAGGCCCCGACUGGCAUGAGGGCUUACAUCUUAAAGGGACUAAAAAGUUUUCUCAUAAAGUACAUAUUGAAAAACUAUGUGAAGUAAAGAGAAUACACCUACAGCAAGAAUUUUUACAACUGCAACAGAUGUCUUUGGCUUUUCCUAAGGAAGAGAAAAACGUAGAACCAGAUGAGGUGCUAUGGCCUGUAUAUGUGGAAUUAACUAAUGCAAAAAUUUAUGGAUGUGAUUUCAUUGUCAGUGCAACUGGUGUUGUGCCAAAUGUCAAACCAUUUCUUGAUGGCAAUAAUUUUGCUAUAGGUGAAGAUGGAGGUCUUAAAGUAGAUAAAUACAUGCACACAUCCCUGCCAGACAUCUAUGCAGCUGGGGAUAUCUGCACAGCGUCGUGGGAACCUAGUCCAGUGUGGCAUCAGAUGAGACUGUGGACUCAAGCUAGGCAGAUGGGAUGGUAUGCAGCAAAAUGCAUGGCAGCAGAUGCUUUAGGGGAAUCUAUUGAUCUGGAUUUCAGCUUUGAACUGUUCGCUCAUGUAACAAAAUUUUUCAAUUACAAGGUGGUGGUUUUGGGAAAAUACAAUGCUCAAGGCUUGGGUUUAGACCAUGAACUAAUGCUGAGAUGUACUAAAGGACAAGAGUAUGUUAAAGUGGUGAUGCAGAAUGGACGAAUGAUGGGCGCUGUGCUGAUUGGUGAAACAGACUUGGAAGAAACGUUUGAAAACUUGAUUUUAAAUCAAAUGGAUCUUUCAGCCUAUGGUGAAGAUCUCCUGAAUCCAGAUAUUGAUAUAGAAGAUUAUUUUGAUUGAAUGAAAACCCAUUUCCAUUUUGUAUAAAGUUUUGACAUUGAUUAAUGGCUGAUAAAACUGCUUCCUUGGGAUUACCAGAAAUCAGGGAUAAGUGCAAUUCCUUAUUAAGAUUUUGUGUUAAUAUUGUCAACUUACUGAAAAGCAAAUUAGGUUAAUCUGUGUACAAGCAUAGGAACAAAGGCACGUGAAUUAGUAUUGGCAGUGAAUUUUGAUGUAUGUUAGACGAAAACAUGAGAACAGGGCUCCAACACCCCUAAAAAGCAAGCUUUGCUAUGCUGUUAAGAUAGCACUGCAUUUACCUGAAUGCAGGGUAGCUUUCACUGUUGAAAAGAACUUAAAGCUCUAUGUAAUACAUGUUACAUCCAGUGCAUUCUUGCUUGGGGAAGAACUAUCUAUAAUGUGCUACCAUCCAUUCCACUAGCAUCCCUCCACUGCUCAAACCUGUGAGUACUUGCUGAAGGUUUCAAGUCUCUUACAGCUGAUUACACUGUCUCUUGCAAGCUGGCAAAUCUUUAUGGCACCGGGCACUCAGCUCUUGCCACCUGGAAUAUGGCUUACAAAUAUACAGCAAGCUGUAUAACUUUUUUUCCUUUUUUCCGUAACUUAAUUUCUAAAAGAAAAGUAUUUUCUACUCAGCUAAAUGCAGAAGACAAUCUUUGAACUAUGAAAGCUAGGAUGAAGUGUCCUUGAGAUGUUAAUUGAGAGCAGUAUUUAUUUUUUUAAACUGUUUGUCGCUUCAGCUCUCUAAGUAUUGUGGUAAAGCUGCACCAGUGCAUCUUGCGUGAUUUUCAGCUGGACCACUGCAGGGGUCUACUCCAAGGAAAGGCUAACACUGUACCACUGGUGGCUGUCACUUGCCUCCAGUGAGUGAACUUCCUCCACCUUGCCAGAAUCCUGUGGAGCAGGUUGCUGCAUCCAGCUUAUUUGGCAGAGGGUACUGGCAGACUUCUAAAUGCUGGAAAGCUACAGGAAAAAAAGCUAGAAAGCUACAGGAGCAUGACCCUAAGUGCAAAGUUGAUAGGGAUGUUUUGCAGUCUCAAGGCUAAUUGGUUUGCAGGGUUUUUGUCUGUUUGGUUUUUGUUUUUUAGAUUUUGUAUGGUUCCCAUAUCCUGAUGGAAUUCUUCACAAACAACUAUUACCAUCACAAAAAAAUUAUGCAGGAGGAUUUCUUGGCCACUUUCUGCCCUCUUCUUUUUUAUACCAUCUUGCGUAUUGGUUCCAGGAAGGAAUUUAUGGAGGUACUAAAUUCAAAUUUUACUUGUGGCAACUAGUGACAAAAUAUAUUACUAAGUUGCCAACUAGGGUUUAAGAUUUAAAUUUUAUUUGAAAUAAAAAUCAUAACAGGCUACCUGGAUGGAUGUUUAGUUAUACAAGAUGCACGCUGGUAAUCAUGAUAUGUAUGUACAGACUUGCUUAAAUCAAGUUCAUUCUUUUUUGUUACUAGUAAUAAUUCAGUGUCUCAUUUCCUAGGUUAUAAAGCCCAACAUUUCAAGCUAUUCCUUAAAGUACUCCUUGUAUUCCGUAGUGCUGUUCAUAGAUGUAAAUUGUUUCAUACUUGAUUUUGGUUUUGAUCUGCAGUUGUUACUUGGGAGUUAAGAUUUAGGUUUAAACUGGGAGCAUUUCAUUGUAUGAAGUUGGCGGUACAUGUUGGGAUUUUUCCCAGAAAAUAACUAGAAUUAUUCUGAAGAGAAUGACUGUUUAAUUAAAUUAAUUAAUUCAAUUUUUGGCAAAGGAUUCAGUUAAAUGAUAGGUGAAACUCUAAUCUUUUGACUGAAGCUUAUACCAGAAAAAUAAAGAUGAAGAGUUUAUUUUAA